CCUCCAUGUUUGAAGAAGAUGCUCUUUGCUCGUAAUGGAUUGGACACUUCAGAAGGAAUCUUUCCACAACUUUUCUAGAUUAAAUACAUGAGUUGUGUACUGCUGGUGCCGUGUAAAAAAACAUACUUGUAUUCCAUGCUUGAGCUUCAAAAUCUGAACUCGAUCUCUUUAACACAACCUAAGUCCUUGACAAAGCCGGUCCCCCCCCCGUGUUCAAUAAAUAUUUCUCUUCUUACUUCUCACUGAGCUUGGAACUCCACAAUCUAUGGAUCUAAUCUGUUUCUUCAUUGCUCAUUUAUUCAUAUCAGGUGUUGUUUCAACAACUUUUUCAGUAACAAACAGGUGCAACUACACGAUAUGGCCAGGGUUUCUGGCAAAUGAAGAUGAUCCUCCUGCUUCUAACUCUAGCUUCUCCCUUCAAAGGGGACAGUCAAAAACCAUAUCAGCACCAGUUUCCUGGGGUUAUCCUUUUUGGGGCCAUACUUAUUGCACUGAAGAAUCCACAGGAAAUUUCUCCUGCAUCACAGGUGAUUGUGGUUCCGGCAAACUAGAAUGUUCAGGAAACGGCACGGCUGCUGCUGCCAUAUUGCCAGAGUUCAAACUUGUUGGUUCUGGAUGCGUGGCAGAUUCGAACGUAGCAUAUUCUUCAAAGCUCAAGGUUAAUAGUUCCGGCGGGGAGAUCGAUGCUUGCAAAUGUGUGUGCAAAGCAUUUGGAUCACCACACUAUUGUGCCUCAGUCAAUUACCAAAUUAUUUUCUGCGCAGCAAGAACUACUACUCCAAGAAGACGUUCGGCAUCCGAGUCCACCACAACCUCCACAACAGUUUCAGCAAAUGCUACUGCAAAUGGCGCUGAUUCGACGUCCGAGUCCAUCGCAACCAGCCCCACAUCUUCAGUGAAAGCUUCUGCAAAAGGCUCCAAUUCAUCGAGCAGUGCAACAGUAACUACCACUAACGUAACGGUGAAAACGCUAAGGCCCAUGACAUUCCCUCCAAGCCCUUUGCCAGAUGAGAAAACACCAAGCCCUAUGCCAUUCGCUCCAAGCCCUUUGCCAAAAACAAGGCCUACUUCAAGAAGACGCUUGGCACCGAUUAUAGCAGGAGUAAUAGGUGGUGCUCUUCUCAUCAUUUUCCUCAUAGUGAUUCUUAUUUUGAGGGCGAGGUGGUGGGAGGAAUCUGAGAAAAAUGAGGAUUUGGAAGCUGAUGAUAUAAGGCAAGUUCCAGGAACGCCUGUGAGGUUUUCAUAUGAAGAUCUUCGUGUUGCAACUCAUGAUUUCAGUGAUACACUUGGAAAAGGAGGUUCCGGAUCUGUGUUCAAAGGAGUACUGCUAGAUGGGACUCAUGUUGCUGUGAAGAAGUUGGACAAAUUAGGCCAAGAUAUGAGUUCAUUUCUAGUAGAAGUUGAGGCAAUUGGAAGCAUCAACCAUUUUAAUUUGGUAAGAUUGAUAGGAUUUUGUGCAGAAAAAUCAUCUGGGCUAUUGGUUUUCGAGUAUAUGAACAAAGGAUCCCUGGAUAAAUGGAUUUUCAAGAAUGACCAAGGAUCUCGCCUCGAUUGGCAGACCCGAAAUAAGGUUAUACUUGGCAUAGCAAAAGGGCUGGCUUAUCUUCAUGAAGACUGCCAGAAGAAAAUAAUACAUUUCGAUAUAAAACCGCUGAACAUUCUCUUGGAUGCAAAUUUCAAUGCCAAGAUUUGUGAUUUUGGGUUAUCUGAGCUAGUUGAUAGAGAUACGAGCCAAGUUCAAACCCGAACCAGAGGAACCUAUGGAUAUAUUGCUCCAGAAUGUUAUAAAACACCACCAGGUCGUAUCACAGUAAAAAUUGACGUAUACAGUUUCGGAAUUGUUCUCCUGGAAAUAGUUUGUGCACGUAGAAAUUUGGAUCACACAAAACCAGAAUCUGAAAAUCAUUUGCUUAGGAUGUUACAGAAGAAAGCUGAACAAGAUAGGCUCAUAGACAUUGUGGAGAAUUUGGAUGAUCAGUACAUGCAGAGUGAUAGAGAGGAAAUAAUCAGGAUGAUAAAGAUUGCUGCUUGGUGUUUGCAAGAUGACCCAGAAAGAAGGCCUUUCAUGUCAGCAGUUGUGAAGGUGUUGGAGGGUGUAAUGGAGGUAGAAUCAAACCUCGUUUAUAAGUUUCAUCAUGCAUUGAUAAGUCCUGCUGUUGAUCACCAUACAUCUCCACAGCCACAAGCAUCUGUUCUUUCUUAUCCCAGAUGAUGUAGUAGUGAAUCUCUCUUUUGACAGAAAUAAAAUUCAUCAAGCCUGUCAGCAUUUGUAUUGUUUUUCCAUGUUAUCCUAAACUAAGCACAGCUGUUUUUUGAGUGUUCAUGCUUAUUUCUCAUAAUAAAGAUUGUAGUGUUGUUUGAAAUUGCAAA